ACAGGUGCAGAGCUCCGUGCUACGAGUACCCCUCGUGCCCCGAGGUGCUGAAAGGCGAGUGCGGGGCUGGCGCGGUUUUUGUGUCCCCAGCCCCGAGGGAGGAGGUCGCCUACGUGACCUGCACCUACAGGAACACGGGCAUCGACCAGCCCGAUUUCCUGGCCACCGUGGACCUCAACCCGCGCUCCUGCCACUACGGCCAGGUCAUCCACCGGCUGCCCAUGCCCAACCUCAAGGACGAGCUGCACUGCGCGGGCUGGGGGGGCCCCGCCUGCGGCUGCUUCGACAGCGGCGCCGCGGCCCAAAGGACCAAGCUGGUGCUGCCCGGGCUCAUCUCCUCCCGCAUCUACGUGGUGGAGCUGGGAGCGCAGUGCCGGGCACCGCGAAUCUGCAAGAUGAUCGAGCCCGUGGAUGUGUUCUGGAAGUGCAACAAGGGCUACCUGGCUGUGAGCCACCCCCUGCCCAACGGGGACAUCCUGAUCGCCAACAUGGGCGACCCGGCUGGCAACGGCAAAGGUGGCUUCGUGGUGCUGGACGGGGCCACCUUGGAGCUGAAGGGCAACUGGGAGGGCGAGUGCGAGACUCCGGCGAGCGGCUACGACUUCUGGUACAAAGCUCGGCUCAACGUGCUGGUCAGCUCCUCCGGGCUGGUGCCCAAAGUGGCCGGGAGGGGCUUCAGCCCCGAUGACUUCAACAAAGGGCUCUUCGGCCGCCGCCUGAACGUGUGGAACUUGUCGUGCCGCAGCCUCACGCAGUGCUUCGACCUGGGCGAGGAUUCUCUGCCGCUCUCCGUGCGCUUCCUGCACGGCCCCGACGCCGCCGAGGGCUACGUGGGCUGUGCCCUGAGCGGGGCCAUCUUCCGCUUCUACAAGCCCUGCGAGAGAGACAACUGGGCCGUGGAGGAGGUGAUCCGGAUCCCGGCCAAGGACGUGUCGGGCUGGAUCAUGCCCAAGAUGCCAGCCUUCAUCGCCGACCUCGUCAUCAGCCCGGACGAUCGGUUCCUGUACGUGUGCAACUGGCUGCACGGGGACAUCCGCCAGUACGAGCUGGGCAGGAACUGCAAGCCCCGGCUGGUGGGGCAGGUGUUCGUGGGGGGCAGCAUCCUGCGAGGGGGCCCCGUGAGCGUCUGCAGGGACGAGGAGCUCAAGGGCCAGCCCGAGCCACUGGUGGUCAAGUGCAAGCGCGUGUUCGGCGGCCCCGCCGCGCUGCAGCUGAGCCUGGACGGGAAGCGGCUCUACGUGACCAACUCCUUCUACAGCACCUGGGACCGGCAGUUCUACCCCAGCCUGAUCAAGGAGGGCUCGGUGAUGCUGCAGCUCGACGUGGACACGGACAAGGGCGGGCUGGCCGUGAACAAAAACUUCCUGGUGGAUUUCGGCAAGGAGCCGCACGGGCCGUGCCUGGCGCACGACAUUCGCUUCCCCGGCGGCGACUGCAAGUGCGAGCCGCUGGCCUAA